CCAUCAAUGUUUGGUAUGUUUGCGCCAUGAUGACAUGGGGGUUUGAGGAGAAGGCAUUCCAACUCACAGUGCAGCAGCAGCCCAGCGAGUCCAGAGUCAGACCUCCAGUGACCUUUUCCCCACCUGCCGUCAGUCACAGCUUGGGGUGGGUCUUCCUGCUCCUUCUGCUAAUCCUGAUUUUACGUUGUGGGGCCAUUUGCUGCCUCCAGUGCUGGAUGAAGAAACAAGCAAGACAUACUACCAAUAAAACGCUCACAGUGUUCACUCUGAGCAGCCUAGAUUCUUUAUUUGUAACAGAAUCUUCACGGUGUCUUCAUUCCCAAACAUUGUCUCCACAUGAAACUUCAGAGACCUCUGUUUCUUCUAUAGCACUUGGGGAAUUGGAGUCAGGAGCUCCGCCUUCAUAUGAAGAAUUGUUCUCCACAAGCAAAGUCUAACAAAGUAUUUCUCACACCUGGCACUCUGGGACCACUUAUAGU